AUGAACGCGACGGCGGAUGUCUGGGUCAUGAUGAUCGGAACUAUGCUCUUCGUCGCGGUAGUGCUGGUCACCAAGCGCUCCUGGUGCGAUCAGCCGGCGCCGGCACCGGUGUCCCCCGAGGAGAGCCAGAGGGCCUCCCUGGCGGCGCUGGAACCUCCCGUGGCCGUGGUGGUGGUGCCCGCGGUGGUGCUGCCGCACUUCCCGUACGCGCGGGGCAGGGCGACGGAGACCCUAGUCUGCGCCAUCUGCCUGGAGGUGCUCCGGGACGGCGAGGCGUGCAGUGAGGUGCCCGGGUGCCGGCACGUGUUCCACGGAGACUGCGUCGGCGCUUGGGCGAGGAGCAAAGAUAGCUGCCCGCUGUGCAGGACGAAGAUCGCGCCGGGAUCGGGCGCGGUGGCGGCCGCCGCCGAUGACAUGGUGUAG